ACGACGCACUUCCGAGUGUGCCGAAGCUGUUCGGUUGUUCGAGGACCAACGGCUUCUGGAGGUGUACAUGAGCCGUACCACCUCGACGCUCUAGUGUCCACCGGAAGUGUGCCCGGAGGUGUAGUGCACUCGCGCGUGUGUGUGUGUGUGUGUGUGAGACGGGACGAUAUGGCUGUGACGCUGAAGCAGGAGGUUAAUUUAUCGCGCCGAGCCUGCAGGCUCGAGCGGCAACACAGAAGCGGCAACGCCGCUAACUGCGGCGAACGAGGUGCUAACAGCGUCGUACCGACGCCGCCAAAGGAAGUCACGGAUUGUGGUGGUGGUGAAGAAGUCGUGGGGAGUGGGGCAGCCCACAUGCUGCUGGCCGCUCUCGUGAUGUGUACGGGUCAAGUGUUGUUAAAGCUGAGCCAGCCGAGACCGGCCGGCAGGCUGUGUAUAUAUGUAGUGCUGUGUGGUGCUUUGCUGUGCCACAGUGGCUUCGUCCUGGCAAGGCCCAACCUGAGUGCGCCGGUCAGCGGUGAGAAGGUGCCUGUCGGUCAAUUAUCGCCCCUGGACCUGGCGUUCGAUACCAGCGGUAGUUCGCUAACGAGCGCGAGUCAAUUAAAGCGUUCGGCCGAAGCGGCUGCCAUCAUCGCGUCCUCAUCUGCGCCAGUUUCAGACACCGCCGACGGUCAUAGCGGUCCUGGCGAUGAGCUGGCACCGGGUGGUCAUGGAAAAGCGGGCGAGGAAUCGGGCGGUGAGCAUGGCGCAGAACACGAGCGGUAUCCCGUGUCGCAGGUGGACUUUUCACGCGUGGAAACACCGUUCGUGAUCGGUGUCUGGAUUCUGUCGGCUAGCAUUGCCAAGAUCGGUUUCCACAUGACGCCAAAGCUGAGCCGCAUUUUCCCCGAGUCCUGUUUGCUGAUCGUCGUGGGCGUGAUCAUCGGCGUUCUUCUGCGGUACGCAACCAAUCUGCACGUGUCACCGCUAACACCGAACACGUUCUUCUUCUACAUGCUGCCGCCGAUCAUCCUCGACGCUGGCUACUUCAUGCCGAAUCGCAUGUUCUUCGACAACAUCGGCACCAUCCUUCUGAUGGCUGUGAUCGGGACGAUAUUCAAUAUCGCCACCAUCGGUACCUCGCUGUGGGCUUGCGGCCAAACCGGCAUUUUCGGUGUCGAUCUGCCGUUUUUGCACAUCUUCCUGUUUUCCUCGCUGAUCGCAGCCGUCGAUCCGGUCGCGGUGUUGGCCGUGUUUGAGGAGAUCCACGUCAACGAGGUGCUGUACAUCGUCGUCUUCGGUGAAUCGCUGCUCAACGAUGCCGUCACGGUCGUGAUGUACCACAUGUUCGAGGUGUACAACGAAAUCGGUGCUAACGACAUCAUCGCCGUCGACAUCGUGUCGGGCAUUGGAUCAUUCUUCGUGGUCGCUCUCGGUGGCACAAUCAUUGGUGUCAUCUGGGGCUUCCUGACCGGGCUGGUGACACGGUUUACCGAUCACGUGCGCGUUAUCGAGCCGAUCUUCAUCUUCGUGAUGGCGUACCUGGCGUACUUGAAUGCGGAAAUCUUCCACAUGAGCGGCAUCUUGGCCAUCACCUUCUGCGGAAUAACGAUGAAAAACUACGUCGAGCAGAACGUGUCGCACAAAUCGCACACGACGAUUAAGUACGCGCUGAAAAUGCUGUCCUCCUCGGCGGAAACGAUCAUCUUCAUGUUCCUCGGCGUGGCCACCGUCAACAACAAGCACGUGUGGAACACUUGGUUCGUUUUGCUGACAAUAAUCUUCUGUUCGGUGUAUAGAAUCUUAGGCGUUUUGAUAUUGUCAGCAUUAGCGAAUCGAUUUAGAAUACACAAGCUAACCAAAGUAGAUCAAUUUGUUAUGUCUUAUGGAGGCCUUCGAGGAGCGGUAGCAUUCGCUUUAGUAUUAUUGGUUGACAUGGAUCACAUCCCGCUGCAGCCGAUGUUCUUGACGACGACGAUUGCGGUCGUCUACUUUACCGUGUUCCUGCAGGGCAUCACCAUAAAGCCGCUAGUCAAAAUUCUCAACGUAAAGCGCUCGAACAAACGCAAACCAACCAUGAACGAGCGCAUCCACGAAAGGUUUAUGGAUCACAUGAUGGCCGGCAUCGAGGAUAUCGUCGGCAAGACGGGCAACUACAACAUACGCGAUAAGUUUAAGAGAUUCGACAAUAGGUUCAUUCGUCCAUACUUGAUCAAGAAUUUACAGGGCCCCGAGCCGAAGAUUUUGGAAACCUACUCUAAGCUAACGAUGCGCGACGCGAUGGACUACAUGCGACGCAACCCAUCCACCAUCGGACAAAUGUCUGGAACUGAAUCAAUGAGUGCAUUAUUUAGAAACUACACGUCCUACUUCGGCGGAAGGUGCGGCGCCACGAUGCUCGGCACAUGCCCUAGCUUUACGAACCUUGAAAACUCGACACGCAACCUGGACAUGCAGGAGCUGGACUACAAUCCCUCGAAGAAAGACUUAACUGAUGCCAAGAUACAUCAUUUGCUGUCGGAAGAGCUUAAACCAUACCGCAAGGCUUCACUGCAUACGCAUCGAAGACUUAGCUACAGCCGCCAUGCUGUGGAUGACCGUGACCUUUCUACACAGGUUAACUAUAAAAUGCAGAUGAACAUCCGCCGUAUGAUCAGUGAGAAGAAACAUCACAAGCGUAGCAAGCGCGUUAAGGACGGAAAGCAGCAAAACCACGUCUCGUUUCCGGAGUUUGUGCAGAACGGAUCCGCAAAACAGUUUGCGAACGAUUACAUCAACGAAGUACUGCACGAGGAUAACGAGGAUGAGGAUAGACAGGCGGGACCGGCCGAAGAGUGGGACGGUGGUGGCUUAACAUUCACCGCCAAAUCAUCCCCCGAAUCACCGGCUGUAAGUGUAAAGCAAUCCCUCGCCACCGGAGGAGACCGCGGUGCAAUCGACGAGAGAGGUGCCGACAGGGAGGACAAACGAUUUUCCCGAGAAUCGCGCGUGCUGGAAUCGGAACAACGUGUCGCAACUCCGACGGCCAUCGAAUCGGUUCUGCCGUGGAAGCGCGUGGACGAGAGCGACGAUAAUGGUGCUAUCAAACAGAACGAAUUCCCAUCGUGGGCUUCGAACAAGGAGUAUCUAGCUUAUAAUUCACCAAGUGCAACGUUUUUGGGUGGCCUAACGCAACCUAAACAGGCUAAGUCCGUAAUAGGUCUGUUCCGGCGCGAGAGUUCCGGUUCCGGUGGGGUCGUCAUCGGUGGAGUGACCGACUCCGAGACGUCUACCCCAGCGGCAGCGACGACGCCCGUGGGUGCCCGUGGUGCGGCUGUGCCUAAGGACAAGCGGUCGGCUUCGAUCGCCGGUUACAUCACGAUCGAUGGUGGCGAUUCGGCUGCCCUGGACCCGCUAGGCAUCUCAAGGGCCGUGCCGCAUGCGAACGCAUUCCCCGUUACCGCCAGCCACCGGCGCAACAACCGCCGGGGAUCGAUGCUGGAACUGAGCGGCGAGGCAAUCCCAGAAGAGAACUACACCAAAUCCCUACCCGAGCGAGACAAAUACGGAGCCCGCCGAGGACCGGCUCUAAUCAAGGCGUCAUCCGCCAGCACGCCGAAAUCGUCCGGACGGCGAACGGCGGGCGGUGGUCCUGUGAACCCGCAAACCACGGCCCUCCUGUCGGCCAGUUCGACGGAUUCCGAGGACGACGACGAGGAUGAGGAUGAAAGAGGUGCAAGUCUGCGGCAUCACCACAACCGAUCCGACGGUGCCACGCGGCGACUGAACGGAGACGGCAACAAAGGCCAGCACGACGAUGAGGACGAAGACGAUGAUGACGACGACGAGGAUGCAGACUGUGCGGACGAACAGCACCCCAUUUGAGAAAUAUUCAUCUAGGAUAGUCGCUCGCGCACUAUUCGAGGAGAUUCUGCUGGUGGGCCGACCAAGCAAAAAACGGCCGAAACGAGCACAAACCGCCAAGUCAGCCGAGGCUGCUGAACACCGCAGCUUCUAGCGUUUUUUUUCGACUCGUUUUCAUCGCAUUCCUUCCGCGAGCAUGCGAUGCCUUAGCGAUGGUUGCGUAAUGCGCGUGGCGCUGCAGCGUAACGCGUAAAGCGCUGCCCAUCCAAGAAGCACGUGGCAAUGGAGGCACACACAAAGCACACCUGGGCGCUGUUACGGUAGUGCUCGCCAGCUAUCAUCUACUACUAGUUACUACGACCGUUUGCGUUACGUUGCGUUGGCAGAAAGUAUUCGAAAUCAUUCCGUUACCUUAGGGAGAGCUUAAUGGCGCACGAUUCGAGCGAUUCGGGCAGCGAAAGGAUAUAGAGCACAACUGUGUGCGUACUUACAAGACGUACUUACAGCAGGCUGCGGGGCCUUCAGCAUUGAAUUUAGUUUUAAGUAGAUUGAUAACGAAACCAGGUGAAACAAUCGCUAGCUAAUUCGUAAGCCGAGGUGUAGUUUAGUUCAAAUUAUGCAAACAAAAACUUAUUACAUUUUUUUCUCCUUUAUCUAGCGGAGUACAUGAGACGAUUAGAAACAUACACAUGAACCGGUGCUAUAGCUUACAGGAACAGAACUGGGGGCAAUACAUACUUAUUCGAUUCGUUUAUAAGAAGGACUCACUCCUAUCGUGUUCUUGCUGAACGUGCGGUAGUGACGUUCAGAGGCGUAGAAUUUUGUUUUCUUCAUUCUACUCGCGUUCACCGAGGGGAAAUUUGCAUGCCGAAAACCUUAAGCAGGAAGUAGAGGUAGUGAUCCUCGCUUGAUCCUUGAGCGUGUCAGCUUAGUACACGUAGCACACCGCUUCACGCCACCGUUUGGCACGGUAAAGCGAUGUCUAAGCAGCAAGGAUAUAACCGCACAUUAGUCACACCUUAAGCCGAAGCGAUGACACAUGCUUUCGAUGGCAGAUAUCCUUGUGGUAAUGAUGGAGAUGAAAUUGCUAACUAAAAACAACACCCCGGUGGUAAAGGCGUAAUCAAUAGAGACGAUUUUACCAGCUUUACAUAACUGAUAGCCAAUUAUAUAGUGAUAAUUUUAAAUACUAACUACACACACAGUCACUACUAGUGGGCAGGUUGAGAUGACGAGGAAAGAAGCGAUGUUGCAAAUCCAAAGCAAAACACGUACACCCCGCAGUUACCAGUGUUCGGUUUAGCUGAAUGUCCUCGUACAGGGCUUGUCUUGCGAGAUUUUAAGGAUUUAUUCCUUUCGAUUAUUUCUAAAUUGAUUCACCACGUGGUAGUGCAAUUAAAACCUAUGCCGUUCUUCCUUUAACGGCUUGAAAGGCGAUUACUCGUAUAUUUGUUUCAAAUACUUCUCCUCCUUUCUCCUAGAAGGGGUUCCCUUUGGCUGAGAUUAUGAUUGCUAUCGGCAUGCUAAUUGCCUUGCGUUCCAAGCCAAAGAUAACUAUACUUGCCGUUAUCCCGACUCCCAUUUCACUGACGAACAUGAUGAGAAAGUCAAACGUAGGAGAAGUUCGUGUUUGGCUCAAGCUACUUACCGAGGUGAUCAUUUAGCCCCAACCGUCAACCGACACUUUAAGAUCGAGGGAUUGUUUUUUGUUUAACCAUUUUUUAGCAUAGGUCAAUGACACAAACGGAGGUAUUAUUACUUAACAGUAUCGCAUAUGUUAGCAUUACUCCUAGGACGCGUACUGGUAGGGUAUGUGCAAAAUAGCUACGAAUCAGUAAGAUACAAAGAAGUGCAGUUACUACAUUAGUUCGACACCUGGCCGCUUAGCUUUAGAUCCGCUAAAACAAUGUUCAUUCUUGGGUGUUUUUAAAUGAUUUAACUGCUCUCCCAUAUGCAAUCCUCCAGUAGCGUGGUGUUCGUUUAAUCGUGCAUUAUUCUUUACAGCUGCUUCUGAGCGCCCACGGAAAAUCGUACUACUGCUGAGAUAUUAUUUACCUUUAUGAUUUAUGCAUUAAUAAAACUCUACCCACUGGCUGGGAAGGUGUUUCCUGCAGUUAUGCUACCGUAUGUUGAUGAACAUGAAAAAGAAACUGACUUUUCCCAUUUUCGAUUUUUGAGAAGGUGUUAAGAGCUUUAUGCUUUGUGUUUGCUUUUCACGGGCGCCAUCUUAGCGGUGCGUUGCUGUACUUCUUCCAAGGUAGUGUAGCGUCCGCACGCCAACGCAAACUGAUCGAAAAGAAACAGUUGUAGCGGCACGCGAGACAGAUAACAUCGGUACGGGCUUUAAAUAGAGGCACGCUUUGAUAGGAUCAAUAAUUGAGAAAAACCCACAAAGCAACACAAAAUUAUUAAAAGAAAAAUACAAUGGCCAAAUAUGACUGGUGCUCGCGAUGGCCCACGAAAGAGAGGAUGCGAUUAAUAAAUCUUACCAUUGUUCGUUCGUAGCAUUUUCCCGCGGCGAAGAUUGAGAGAAAUACGUGCUUGUGAGAAUGGCACCCCUGUGGUGUACACGAAAAACGCGAACACUACACUUAUCGGGAGUUUCUAUGCAACCCUUCAUUCCUACGCCGGCAGCACAAUGCAGGAGUUCUGUGGAUGCUUUUUCUCCCCCACGUGCCGGUAGGGCGCGCAAAGUUUCAUCACAAAUUUGAGAAGCUAGACUCGACUAGACCGGGGAAGAGAAAGAAUGUGUAUAAAUCUGCAACGGCGCCCGCUUUCGGUGAAGCUGCUGUAGAACUGAGAAACGUGUUAAAUGUGAAAUGCUGUGCGCCAACGAGAUAAUGCGUGUUCUAAUCGCGCAAGAAGUUGGCAAUUUUUUAUGGUGAAUGUUUCCUUGAAGAAAGGAAGGUGGAAACAGAGGCGGCAACACGAGUACGGUAGCAUGCACAAAACGAGUAAAAUGGGAAGUACAAUUGAACAUUGGUAGCGAUGUAACUAAAUCAUGAAGCAAACGAAACACCCGCGGCGGUGCGAUAGUGUCCCCGCAGGAAAAAGGCUCAUGUACCGAUGCAAAGCACAUGUACUUAUGCAAAGCACACAGGAACCAGCUGCCAAGACAGGGGAAGGGACAGAAUGACACAAUACAGUACGGGUUUGGCAUUAAUGGCUCGCAGGAGAUAAGCGUGAUGAUGAUGAAGAAAACACGAAACCUAAUGGAUCAAGAAGUAGCUAAAGAAUGAAAAAGAACAAAACUAGAAAAGAAACUGAACAGAUAGCGAAUGAAUAAGAUGAAUUAUAUGAGUACAGAACGUGUAACAUUGAAAAGAGAACGAGAUACGAGUAUAAUAAAACAAAAUGAAGGAAGUUAUAAAAUAUGA